AGUAGUGCGCACUAGAGUACUAGAGAGAUCUCGUGCUGAGAUGCUGCGUAAUGUCAGUGCGCGGCGCAGUUGGGGUUUGGGCAGCAGUGAGCGCUGCUCUGCGUCUGAAGGGAAGCUCGCCGUGCCAAAGCAGGCGGAGUCGGAAACGCGAAAGCCCAGCGCUCCUUAUACUCCCUCCCCCGCCGGAGGUGUAAACGAUCGUGGUGGAGCAGCUCAGGGAGCCGCCGUGAUCGACUGCCCCAGAAAAGCGCUGCGUUAUCCGGACGGAGAUCCAGCCGCCAGUCGGUCGUCCCGUUGUUCUUGCAUUUAAGCGCAUCCAGAGGAGCCGGUGUGACAUUACACGAGCUCUUCCCUUUCUUCUCAAAUAGAGGACGAAUUCCCCCAGUCGCCCCAGGAAUAUCUCCCUGGAUUUUUACCCCAGAAAUGGACGGUUUCGCCGGUAGUUUAGAUGACAGUAUUUCUGCAGCGAGCACAUCAGACGUGCAGGACCGCCUGUCGUCUCUGGAGCUGCGGGUGCAGCAGCAGGAGGAUGAGCUGACGGUGAUGAAGGCUGCGCUGGCAGACGUGCUCAGACGUCUGGCUCAGUCGGAGGACUCCGCUGCUGCUGCCAAAAAACAGCAAAGCGGCAAAGGUCAGACCCCGCUGCGAGAGGCUUAUUCAAUGUCCUGUAUUGCCAAUGGCAGUUCCAGCGGCCGCAAAUCUCACAGAGAUAGUUCCACAGUGUCCGUAGCCAGGAAAGAGACACUCUCCUCUGCCGCCAAGAGUGGUGGCGAGCGGAAAAAAGACAAGCCUCCGAUGGAGGGGAUCAAGGAGAAAGAGGAGCCGCCACAGGCUAACGAUAAAACCCCCUCAGCGCCCAGCACCCCUCAGGCACCGUCCCCUUCCAGCAACCCCCCCUCCCCUCAUCCCCCACAGCCCCACAGACAGCUUUCGGAGAACAAGGGGUCAACCCCAGCCAAAAGGGGUAGCAGUGCGAAGCGUGGAGGAAUGGAGCGUUCUCAGAGUAGCACGUGGGACAGCGGAGAGGAGAGCAGGAAUAAGCUGGUGAAAGCAGCCUCCACUUCCAAACUGCUGUCCAAAGUGGUGAAGAAUGCAGAGAAACACAGAGAUCCAGUCAUCAGCCAAGCUAAAAUGUCAACCCGUGAAAAAAACAGUCAAGAGGGAGAAUAUAUUAAAAUGUUCAUGCGAGGACGACCCAUCACGAUGUUCAUCCCAUCGGACGUGGAGAAUUACGACGAUGUCCGCACCGAACUUCCCCCAGAGAGACUCAAACUGGAGUGGGUAUAUGGCUACAGGGGACGUGACUGCCGUGCAAAUGUGUACUUGCUACCUACCGGGGAGAUCGUAUAUUUCAUCGCCUCAGUGGUUGUGCUCUUCAACUACGAGGAGAGGACACAGCGGCACUAUUUAGGACACACUGACUGUGUCAAAUGUCUUGCUGUUCACCCGGAUAAGAUCCGUAUCGCCACAGGACAGAUAGCAGGCGUGGAUAAGGAUGGCAGGCCGCUUCAGCCUCACGUGAGAGUCUGGGACUCCGUCAGUCUGUCCACGCUGCAGAUCAUCGGCCUCGGCACCUUUGAGAGAGGAGUUGGAUCCCUCGCUUUCUCUAAAGCCGACUCAGGCAUUCAUCUCAGUGUGAUUGAUGACUCUAAUGAGCACAUGCUCACUGUGUGGGACUGGCAGAAGAAGUCAAAAAUCGCUGAGAUAAAGACAACCAAUGAAGUGGUCUUAGUGGUGGAGUUUCACCCGACUGACGCCAAUACCAUUGUCACAUGUGGGAAAUCCCAUAUCUUCUUCUGGACCUGGAGCGGUUCCUCACUCGCCCGCAAACAAGGCAUCUUUGGUAAAUACGAGAAGCCCAAAUUUGUGCAGUGUUUGGCCUUCCUCAAUAAUGGAGACAUCCUGACCGGAGACUCAGGAGGAAUCAUGCUGAUAUGGACCCGCAGCACCGCUGAACCAGCACCAGGGAAAGGGCCGAAAGGAGCGUUUCAGAUCACGCGUCAGAUCAAGGCUCAUGACGGCAGCGUCUUCACUCUGUGUCAGAUGAGGAACGGCACUCUGCUCACAGGGGGCGGCAAAGACCACAAGAUCAUUCUGUGGGACCACGACCUGAAUCCAGAGAGAGACAUCGAGGUCCCAGAUCAGUAUGGCACUAUUCGUGCAGUAGCUGAGGGCAAGGGCGAGCAGUUUCUGGUGGGCACUUCACGUAACUUCAUUCUGAGAGGCACCUUCAACGAUGGAUUCCAGGUGGAAGUGCAGGGACACACAGAUGAGCUGUGGGGUCUGGCCGCCCACCCGUUCAAGGACCUGUUCCUCAGCUGUGCUCAGGACAGACAGGUGUGUCUGUGGAACUCAGUGGACCACACACUGGAAUGGACCAGACUGCUGGACGAGCACGGGCACUGCGCAGAUUUCCAUCCUAGCGGUUCGGUUGUUGCCAUUGGUACUCACUCAGGGAAGUGGUAUGCUCUGGACGCAGAGACGCGCGACCUGGUGGCCAUUCACACAGACGGCAAUGAGCAGCUGUCCGUGAUGCGCUACUCUGUCGAUGGCACGCUGCUGGCAGUGGGAUCACAUGAUAACUUCAUUUACCUCUACACGGUGUCGGAUAAAGGACGCAAGUACAGCAGAUGUGGGAAAUGCACUGGACAUUCCAGCUACAUUACACAUCUUGACUGGUCCCCCGACAACAAGUUUAUCAUGUCCAACUCAGGAGACUACGAAAUCCUUUACUGGGACAUUCCAAACGGUUGUAAGUUGAUUCGUAACCGUUCUGAGUGCAAGGACAUCGACUGGGCCACAUAUACCUGCGUGCUGGGAUUCCACGUCUUUGGUGUUUGGCCGGAGGGCUCAGAUGGGACAGAUAUCAAUGCACUUGUGCGAUCUCACAACAAGAAGGUGCUCGCUCUGGCUGAUGACUUCUGUAAAGUUCACCUAUUCCAGUACCCCUGCUCAAGACCGAAGGCCCCAAGCCACAAGUACAGCGCCCACAGCAGUCAUGUGACAAAUGUGAGCUUCAUGCACAGCGACAGUCAUCUGAUUUCAACGGGCGGCAAGGACAUGAGCAUCAUGCAGUGGCGUCUGGUGGAGAAGACCUCGUCCUUGGUGCACAGCGACUCCAGCUUGGGCCUGGGUGAUUCCCUGCUGCACAACUCCACCCCUCGCACCCUGCCGUCGGUACCCAGCGUUCCCCACACUCUUACUGAGCCCUUGCCGGUGCCAGCCUCGCUUCGCCUCAGCACCCAACCUGACACCAACACUCCCCCUCCCACUCCCCCCGAACCCCUGCACACGGUUACUCCUAAUGGACAGCAGGACGGCUCUCCUGAAACCCCACCGCCUUCGGAUGAGGCCACGCCCCCAUCCGACAGCACCCUGAGCCCCAAGGACAGCCUAGAGCCUAGCGACGAUACGGCCACACCCAGUGAUGAGGGCACGACCUUUAACCCUCCCUUAUAAGGUGGCCCGACCCCUUCUCUCGCCUGCUCGAUAGCCCGCCCAAAGGCACCAGCAUGUCACUGCAGCCUUCCUGUCGGAUUACAAAAGCAGGGUCUCCUCAGUUUUUAUCCUUUCAAGAUUUUCUUUUUGUUUUUCGUGUCUUAGUUUGUUGUUAUGUUGACAUUCAGUAGAUGUGGUUGUGGAGGCAUUGGUUUGGAUUGGAUGGUGAGAGAUUUGGAAUGUGUAAUUAAAAACCUUUGGAAAGAUUUAGAACACAUACAAGUUUACACUGACACACACACACACACACAAACACUAAUACACAUAUGCAUAGACACAUCAGUAACUGUGAUACAUUAAAAAAGAGAAGAAAAACAAUUUACCAGUUUUACAUACAAACAACAUGCAUCUUCAUAUAAACGGACAAAUACAACAUAAAAUGGACAUAUGCUUUCAAUUAAUUGGCAUUUGUCAUAUACAUCAAUAUACUUAUUGAUUAAGGAUCAGUAACUAAGGGUGAAUUAAGCUGAAUUACAGAACCUUUUCCACACUUUCCUCACCCAAAAAUGAGUGUUCUUUUUUAUUUACUCAUCCUCAUGUCAUUCCAGACCUGUAUGGCUGACUUUUUUAUGUGGAACACAAAUAUUUCAUAAAUGUUUUGAAGAUGUUUCAAAGAUCUUUUGAGGAUCUUUCGAAGAUGUUUUGAUGAUCUUUAGGAGAUCUUUCGAAGAUCUUUCUAUAAUCGAAAGAUCCUUGAAAGAUUUGACAGAAGAUCUUUUGAGGAUCUUUCAAAGAUGUUUUCGAGGAUCUUUCGAAAAUCGUUUGACUGUUAUUGUCCUUAGAACAAAAGUCAAUUGGGUCCAAAUCAACACUGGACUCCUUUGACUUUUAUUCUUCAAAAUAUAAUUUUAUUUGUUGUGCAAAAGGCAAGUCAAGUCAUACAGGUCUGGAACGACAUGAAGUUGAGUAAACAAUGUUCAUUUUGAACUAUCUCUUUAAAUGAGUAAAGCUUAAAAAAAAUCACAUGAUGUUCAUUUGUAUUCUCUCGCUCUCUGGGAACAUUGGUGGAGGACUGCAUGUAAAGCUAAUUUGUGUGCUUGCAUAGCAUCUGUCCCUGAGCCAAAAACUACAGGACUUGUAUGUCUGGUGACGCCAGGCAGGUGCCCCUGGUUCAUUGGUCGGACUCAAGGACCUCAACAAUUCAAGCUGCUUCUGCAGGUCACCAUGGUCAUGGACACCUUGAAUUUCAACUCGGCACAAUUAUCGCCGCUUUACAGAAGAGUAGCCAUAAACAGAAGAGCACUUCAUUCAGUACAAACACAAGUAACACAUACUCGCACAAGCCUGACCUGCCUCAAAAUGGGGUCUGCAUGGCGAUAGCUGAGCUAUUUUUUAUAAAUAAAUAAAAAAAUUUCAGUCUCAUCCGCCUGUCUAAAGAUGCCGUACCACCCUCACAUCUCCCUCAGUUUCCUCUGUUGGACUGGAGAACCUCCUCUAUAUUCAUACCAUCCGUUUUAGCCUUGCAUCCAAAUGACUCUUCUCACUGAGACUGCAUUGUUUUUAGGUUUCAUUUUGGAACUGUUUUUCUUGUCAUUUUGUUCAUUGGACUGAGAUGUUCUUGUUUUUUAUCGAAUGAGAGAAACGAAAGAUUAAACGAGUCUUAAAUGUG